GAGCAUUAAAUUUAUGGGUAAUUAAUUGGUAGAAGAAGUUGGCAAAAGUUGCGAGUAGUUGAUAAGGAACAAGGUGGUUGGUGCAUGUUGUAUCCUCUGUUGGUGUUGUUGAGGAAAAUUUGUUGUGUUGUGAAUGUGUGAAGAAGCAUUGGUUAUUUAAUUUGGAAGAAAAGUGCAAUGAGCAUGUUGUUGUUCCUUUUAGUGAAAUCACACAUUUUCUUAAUAGUGAAGCUGCAAACUACAGAUAGGAAAGAAGGCAAAAAAGCUGUUAGAUGUCAUUAUCAAAGGUUUAAAAAGGUGUGGGUAGAAGAGAUGGCAAUUGAGAGUUACCUCUCUAUCAUCCAUGACCUUAAUUAUAUCUCACCACUACCAUAGCGUAGCGUAGCGUAGCAUAGCAUAGCAUCCAUCUCUAGACUCAUUAAACAACUUGGAAGAGCUUCUCAGUAUAUAUCAGUGAGGAGAAAGUUGAGGGGUUGGUUGAACUUGAGUUGGGCUUCGUGACACACAUUUGUUUGUGUUUGUGGGGUUAAAAAACGACCAAAACAACUUUAAUCUCUUCUCUGACCACACUCUGCCUCGCUUUGCAGAAGCAUCACCAAGCUCUCAUAGGCCACACAGGUUUUGGUAUUUUCGGGAUCAGCAGCAGCAGUAGCAGUAGCAGUAGCAGCACAACACUCUCCGUAGCUGCAGAUGAAGGCUCAACAAGUAACCAGUCUUAGGAGUGUCAGGAACUAAACAAAUACCAUACCAUACCAUACCAAGUACCAACCGAAGCAAAACCUACAAGAAACCCAUUAGAAGUGUAAAAGGAAAGGAAUCUGAAUCUCGGAGCUAUAGACACGAGAAUCAAAAAGAGCGUAUAAAGUAGUGAUCAUCAAAAAGGGGAGUAACUAUGCAGAAGGCAGAGUAGAGAAGCUGAGGAAUGGGGAUGAAGAGCACUGGGGGAGAGAUUGUUCAAGUCCAAGGAGGGCACAUUGUUCGGUCCACAGGUAGAAAAGAUAGGCACAGUAAGGUUUACACUGCAAAGGGUCCUCGUGAUCGAAGGGUUAGGCUCUCAGCGCACACUGCAAUUCAGUUCUACGAUGUUCAGGACCGUUUAGGGUAUGACAGACCCAGCAAGGCCGUGGACUGGCUCAUAAAGAAGGCCAAGAAUGCCAUUGACAAGCUCGCUGAGCUUCCUCCAUGGCACCCUACUGCCAACGCUGCAGAUGCAGAGAACAACCAUACCAAUGCAGGGUCUAGUGACAUGGCCAUUGCAGAACAAUCAGAGUCUUCUGGUUACAAUUUUCAGCUGCAACGCCAAUUAGGUGAGGACCAUGAUAACCACCAUUCACCUUUCAUUCCUGCACCUAUUGACACUGAUGCAAUAGCCUUCUUCCCCACAACCACUGCCACCUCCUCCAUCAAUUUUCAAACCUACCCUCCUGACAUAAUCUCAAGAACCAACAACUCCACUGAGGAUCUUGGCCUUUCUCUCCACUCCUUCCAAGACCCUGGCCUGAUUCAUGGCCAGUCCCAAGCAAAUGCGAACCAAACACAAACACCUUCCAAUCACCAAACCCUCUUUUCUGGCUCAACCCAAGUGGGGUUUGAAGUCAAUUACCCCAGGAUUCUGACUUGGAACAAUGAUGCAGGCACGGAUAUGAACAGAACUGGGUACAUGGUCAACUCACCAGCGCUUCUAGGCCAAGGUGGUUCUGCUGCAUAUUCCCAAAGGGGGACCCUUCAGUCCAGUUUCUCACCAUCACUUCGUCCUUGGAGUGACAUUCCCAUGGCUUCUUCCUCAGAACAUCACAAGUCACAACCUAUUCAACAGGCUUCCAUCUUUGGCAGCAGGUUUCUGUCUGAUGCAUUGCCAGGGUUCUGCAUUCCAGCUAGAAUUCAAGGCGAGGAUGGGAGCCAUGGUGUUGGUCCCGACAAGACAUCAUCUUCUUCUCCUAAUUCUCAUCAUCGACCACAAACGUGAACUGCACAAUGCACAAUGCUGCACCGUUCCUUAUUUAUCAAGAGCAUUGUAUACCAGACGUGAGAAAACGUGGGAAGAUUAAGAUGGAAACGUUUUGAUGAUCUACACAAUUUGUCUGGUUGGGUUCAGCUUUUUUAUGGCUUCCUUUCCCCUCCUUAUUGGAGCCAACGAAAAAGAUAUUUAUGUAUUAUGCCUUAUUUCUACGUGACACUUUGCUUAAUUUAUGUCACUUUAAGUUGGAUUUCGUGGUUUGUAACUGAUAUGGCCUCGUUAAUGUCGAGAAUAGCAUAGUUCAUCUGAUAAAAAGUGAACAGAAGAGGUUUAUGUCGAUUUUUGGUGAACCCCACUUCAAGAAAAAACUUAAAUCGAGUAUGGUUUUGAUGUAGUUAUUCUCCUCUGUCUAAGAAAGAUAAUUUACUUUCCUUUUUUCA